ACGUAUAACGACGUUCUGCAGCACCUGUAGCUUAUGCCCCUAGUAAUGAUGACAAUUCCUCAACUUUUAGGCUUCGGCAGUCUCCAGAUAAAUACCGAGACCCAAUGCAUCAAACUCGAUGGACGAUACUAACCCUCCAACCGAACAACAAACGUCAGUCAUCAUGGCAACAAUUGAGAAGGGUUCGCUCGUCCUCAUCACUGGCGCGUCUGGCUACAUCGCCGGCCACACCGUCCUCGCCGUCCUCGAGGCCGGGUAUCGGGUGCGAGGAACAGUGCGCGACGAGAAGAAAAUAGAAUGGCUGCAGGAGCUUGUCGAGAAGAAGUUCGGCAAGGGCAAAUUCGAGACCGUCGUCGUUCCGGAUAUGAUCGCCGAGGGCGCUUUCGACGAAGCGGUCAAGGGCGUGGACGGGAUUAUCCACAUGGCUUCCGUCCUGACCUUCAGCUCGAAUCCGGAUGAAGUGAUCCCGCCCACGGUCAAGGGAACGCUGAAUAUCUUGGUCUCGGCGACUAAGGAGCCGGGGGUCAAGUCGAUUGUGCUCACUUCCAGUUCGAUGGCGGCUUUGACGCCUACACCGAACGAGGUGAUCAAAGUCACACACGAUACGUGGAAUGACGACGCGGUGAAGAAGUCGAAAGAGCCAGAUCCCCAGGGAUUCAUUGUGUACGGCGCCUCGAAGGUGGAAGGAGAACGAGCCUUCUGGAAAGCCAUCAAGGACAGCAAGCCACCUUUCCAAGCAGCCGCCGUGCUCCCCAACGCGAACUUUGGCCCCAUCCUGAAGCCGGGUGGCGAGGACUCCGCAAGCACUGCCAGCUGGAUCACUGGCCUCUUCAAAGGCGAAACAUCCAUGCUCCAGUUCCCGCCGCAGUACUUCAUCGACGUGCGAGACGACGCGAAGCUCCACCUCAUCGCGUUGAUUGAUCCUAGCUGCAACGGACAGAGACUCUUUGGUUUCGCCGCGCCAUACACCUGGCAGGAUGUCAUUGCAAUCCUCCAAAAACAGAACCCCGGCAAGACGUUCCCGGAGGACAUCGCGGACCAGGGCAAGGAUUUGAGUCAGAUUCCAUCGCAAGAUGCCGAGGCGCUGUUGAGGAAGCAUUAUGGAAAGGGCUGGACCAGCUUGGAGGAGACUAUUGGUGCUAAUACCGCCACUCUGAAGUAGAGUAUAUGCUCUCUAGCAUUCACUGGAAGGCAGCAUAGAUGAAGACUUCAUAGCUUGAAAGCGUGCACUCAAUACGGCAUAUCAAUGACAGUUGCACAAGUCACGACUACUGCUACCUCGGACGUCGAUGCAAAUACAGUGAAU